AUGGGUUUCCGGGAGAUAAUUGCAUCUAUUAAUUGGGAGGACGAAUCCUACCCUGCGUACGAGGACUUCGCCGUUCUCCCCUUCCUCGUGGUGUUCUUCCCCACCGUCAGGUUUCUGCUGGACAGAUUCGUCUUCCAGGUAAGACUGUGGUUUCUGCGUACGAUAAUUGGAAGGUGGGUGAUUAAGACUGUGGUCUCUCUCUCUCUCUCUCUCUCUCUCUCUCUCUCUCUCUCUCUCUCUCUCUCUCUCUCUCUCUCUCGCUCUCUCUCUCGCUCUCUCUCUCUCUCUCUCCCUCUCUCCCUCUCUCUCUCCCCUCCCAUAUCGCCGAGAUCGUCUCUCGCUUCCUCGAAGUGCUCUGCUUUCGGCAAAAAUCCGAUCUUCGACUUGUUUGGUAAUUUUCUCGUAGUGAAGAUUGAAGAUUUUAGCUUAUUUCGCCUGCCUGGGAGUUGACGUUUAUCUCGAGAGCUCUGGUCAGCCCACAAAUCUUAUCCUACUUGAGAAAGUUGCAACAGGGGAGAAAAUUUUCUGUUCUAAAGGGAGGAAGGGGGUACAUCAACUCUAUUUCACCUCUUUUACCAGAUAUUUCUUUCUCAGCGAAUUUGUCAAGGGGAUAGGAACUUGCUUCCUAAAUAUUAGUAGGAAAAACUAAUGGCGAUGUAAAUUCUUAGAACUACGUUUCGAAAACUUACCUUCAGCUGUGGAACUAAGUUUCAUCUUAUUAUUAGGCCAUCUACCUUACCCAAUCCCCUAAUUUUGACCGGGUCUGUUUGUCUUCAAUUUCUCUGGUUUAUGGUUGAGGUUUAGCCCUCUCUUAGUCAUUUUUAAUAAUUUUUGAUAAAAAAAAUUAAAGCAUUAGCAAUAUAAUUUCCGAUGGAAUAAAAGACAUAACACGGCAUAGAGCAUUCUUAUUCAUCUGUUUCAUGUUCAUCAUGGGAUAUAAUGUGAUUUUUCCUUUCCUCUCUUCGGUGUUCCUGUUUCUAAUCUAUGAGUAGAAAAGAAAACUGGGAUCCAUGCAUUCUAUCCUUUUAAGAAUUUCUUUAUUGAUGAAUAAUUGAGUUCCUUAUUCGGGCUUUCAGAUGGUUGGGUGUGAUGAGGAUUUAUUAUGCAGGGAAUAACCAGGCGACUUGUUCUUGGGAAGGAACCCAUUAAGGCUGGCGCUGAAACAGAUGGAACUAGGAAGACUCUGACUAAGUUUAAGGAAUCAGCAUGGAAGUUUGUAUAUUUUCUGUCAUCUGAAGCCCUGGCUCUCUCAGUCACUUAUAACGAGCCAUGGUUUACUAGUACUAGAAACUAUUGGAUAGGACCAGGGGAACAGGUCUGGCCGGACCAGAAAAUAAAGUAAGAUUUAGAUUCUUCCCAAGUAUAUUUUGCUAAAUAUCAAGUUUUUAUGCUGUAAAAGCUCUGUACUUGUCUGAUUGGUUUCUGAUCCCUAGGCUGAAACUGAAGGGCUUGUAUAUGUACGCUGCUGGGUUCUACACGUACUCGAUAUUUGCAUUGCUUUUUUGGGAAACAAGACGCUCGGACUUUGGGGUGUCGAUGUCCCAUCAUCUGGCAACAGUGGUGCUGAUCCUCUUAUCCUACGUCUUUAGGUUUGCUUCUGAAUCUUCAACGUGCAUCUAUUUCUACGUGUUUAGAUCUAUGAUUAGACAUAAGUGCAUCUUCACUUAUGUCUAAUCAUAGAUCUAAACUACCAGGGUCUAUCCUAUGCGCAGAUCUAUCAGCUCAUUUAAUUCUUUUGAUCAAGAAUUUAAUUUCCGUAUUCAUUUUGGUUCCAAGGAGAAGUAAGAGUCAUUGCAUGAGGUUUUCUUUUUCCUAAUUUGACCCUGUUUUAUUUCAGAUUUAAAACUCGAAGUUACAAGAACUUCGAAUCAUGAUUUCCACUUAUGGAGUGGUUCCACUUUAUCUACUUUUUCUAUGAUGGUUUCUAUCAAGCGAAAAUGUAAUUGAUAUACAAGGCAUUUAAAAUGAAAAUACAAGGAUACAAGGGAAGAGUAUUGAUAAAAAUCAGAAAUUUACUAGGCAUUUGACAGAUUGUUGAUGUAAUUUUAUCAAAAAUAGCUGUACCAAUUAUAGGGUAUUAAUUUGAUCAUCAUUCCUCAUAGUCUUCAUCACCUUUUAACCUGCAGAAGAUAAUGUGUGACUUGAUGAGAUUGUAGCAUCUGAGGUUAUUUCUAUUACCUAUGAACACUGUCUGUUGAUAUGGAACCGAUCACCAAUAUCUUUCUUUGAGAAACUGCAUCCUCAAAGAAGAAAAUUUCACAAGCAAACAAGACAGUCAAGAUUAGCUUGGCGAAGAAUGUUCAUCCUCCUUUUUCUGUAACUGAAUUUCCGUCAAAUUAAAAGUAAAUGAUAAUGUUUCCUUUCUGGGGUUGUACCUGUAAAUAGUACCUUUUAGUUAUCUAAUUUCAUGAACAGCUUUAAUACAGUUUCAAUAAUACCAGCCUAUCUUCCAUGCUUCAUAAGUACUGCUACUUCGGACAAAGUCAUUAAAUGAAAACUAUGCGAUGUAGAAGCACUAUACAGUGAUUUAAAAUAAAAUUCUAGUAUAUUUUCGUCAAUAUUUAUUUUCCAGCAUUAUUAUGCUUUCUAGGAGUUGCAGAGCCAAUUGUGGAUCAACCAAUAUUUUUGUGCAUUUUCCUCAUUUAAAUAGGAUCCAUAAUUAGCAGGAUGCUCCUCCCCUCCCCUACUCACUCUCAUUCCUUCUAUGCAUAUCUUCUUUGCAGAUUUGCUCGUGUUGGCUCUAUGGUUCUGGCCCUUCACGAUGCAACUGAUGUUUUCUUGGAAACAGCAAAGAUGAGCAAAUAUAGUGGUUACGAUAUGCUUGCUUCAAUAAUGUUUGUUCUCUUUGUUUUAGCAUGGAUUAUUCUUCGGCUGAUAUAUUUCCCCCUUUGGAUCAUCUACAGCACAUGGUAAUCACAAAGUCGUUUACUGUUUGCACUAAUUUUGUUUCGUCUUAUAUUAUUUUGUAUUCCCGCUCGCUCAAUCACAUGGAUGGGCACUCAGUUUUAUUCUUGUCCGAAGUAAAUUCAGCAAGUUACAGAGAUGAACUCGUGUUGAUGGUUGAAGAGAUGAUUUAGAUUCCUGCUUGAGAGAAUAAUUGAUUUAAUUAGCCUUUUUUUUCGUAAAAUUUGGUCAAUCAUGCACUCAUGUGUUCUUGAUCUUUCCACUCUGUUCCAUCAAAUUUUUUAUGAUCAUUAAUUAGCUUGAUUUUUCAGUUUAUAGAUCUUACACUCCUUGCUUGGUAUUCAUAUUUAUAAAACAUAUAUAUGAUUUAUUACAGAUAUUUUUAGACAUACAGGAGCAUAGGCAUAAUAUUUCAGGUGAAAAAGAGGGGUAAAUCAAGAUGAAUUUAUUAGCCCUUAUUAGGUAUAUUUUAUCUUUUAAAAUUCCCUCCUUUGUUUUCUCCCAAAUCUAUACAUUUUCUCUGCACCAAUUAUGUACAGAUUACAUGAAGAUUUGGUUUCACCUUUUUUUAAUUGAUAGGCAGGGAAUAUCCUUUUUUCACCAAUUAUGUACAUAUACUUCGGUGUAAUUUUUAUUAAAAUAUUUAUUAAUGGAGAAGCAGAGUUUUCUGUGGCUUCGACCUUUUAUUCCGUAUAGUUCAUUUUUUUAACAUUUUCAGGUAACUCAUUUCUUGAAUUUUCCAUAUUAAUUUUUGGGGGACCAUAAAACAUCACAAAUGUUGAAUAUUUGGCAUUUUUUCGAUACCAUUUUAUUUUAUUCCCUUAUAUAUAAAACUGAUGGUUUUUUUUGGCCUUUUGAUUAAAAUUUUCGGCUGGCUUAUUUUUUCUCCAUUUUCUGAUAGUUAUGAGUCAAUACUGACCAUUGACAAAGACAAGCAUGUGGAAGGGCCGAUGUACUACUACGUCUUCAAUUCCCUCCUCUUCACCCUCUUCUUCCUCCACGUCUACUGGUGGGUCCUGAUAUUCCGGAUGCUGGUGAAGCAGAUCAAGUCCAGAGGCCAGAUUGGGGACGAUGUCCGAUCAGGUGUGUGCCCGAACCCCUAAGAUCCUCCAUUCAUACCGAAAUUGAGAGAGUCAACCUACCAUGAGCUAACCUUUUUAUAGAAAAAGUCAACCUGACAUCGCAACAAAAUGGGUUCCUUCUGUAGAUUCCGAAGAUGAAGAUGAACAUGAAGACUAG